GCUGACAGGUUUUGCGUACGAUUGACGUCUCUUCCUCUCUUUUUUCGCUCUCUCCCAUUAAUCCCUCUAUUUCCACACCGUCUCCAUCCAUUCCCCAUCACAUCAGACCUCGCGGAAACAAGGAAACACACUGCUGGAAAUGGACUAAUAACGCGCAGGUGACAUGGACGCGUGAUCGGAAAGGAUGGAAUCGUUUCACCUGUUUCUCGCCAUCCUUGCGUUUCGGGCCAGUCUCGCCUCCGCGGCAGAUCGAAAUUUCGGCUGCCUGUUUGAGGAUGGUCUGUGUCUGAACUAUGAAGUAUGUCUUAAUGAUGGCAUGUUAGGCCGCUGCGAGGCUGCUCCAUUAACAGAAGUCUACACAUACGACGUCACGCCAGCAACGGUACAGAGAUUCCGCAUACUCCUUCAGAGACUGGCACACAGAGGGCUGUCUUGGGAAGAUGACGUCACUCAACAGGUUUUAACGAACGAGUUCUCCAAACUACGCAAAGUUUCCCUUCCAUUACCAGAGCCCAGGCUGCAGGGUUAUGGGACUGCUGUUGGAGACAGGAGAAUGAAAUCACCAGAGGCUGAGGUUAGGAAGACUCUGAAAUACCUGCAGCAUCUGGGACUGCUACCAAAAACAUCACAAAAGGUGAGUCAGGGGGCGGAGCUUCAGUAUUAUCGCCCUGGAGAACCACGCCCUGCCGCUGACUCCUCCCCUCCGGAGUUCAUUCCAGAGAUGCCCUAUCAGUCACAGUCUUACCCCGACCUCAGCCGAUACCAGAGCGAUGCGGCACACGCUCCACCGCAGGGAGAGGGGUUAGACCUGCUCAGGGCCGCACUUCAGAAGUAUCUUUCCAAGAACAAACCGCCUCUGGGGGAAAGAUCCAGAGCGGACCGGCUCUUCUUAAAAGACUCUCUUACACCAGUGGAUGAAUCCUUCAUCUGGAAAGUUCUGCGGAAUGUGGGAAGACACAGUGUGGAUGUGAAGAGUCUAAAGACAACAGAUCUGGAUAAGCUUGCUGUUCUUAUCGCAGACGCUCUGCAGGUGGUGGAACAGCAGGCCGGUCAGGGAGAGACGCCCAGAGACCUGGAGACACAGUGGCGUCCUGAGGACGAGGCAGAAGACAUGCAGUAUGAGGACCAGCAACCUGAGAGUUAUGCAAUGGAACAGACCCCUAAAGACAGUGCUCAGAAGCAGACGGAGGUGGAUGAGGAAAGUUCAUCUGUCGCUCAAAAGACAGUCCAAACCAUCAUGCCUGUGACAGAGGGACAGACAGUAGGGGAGGAGAAGAGAACCAUGGACAACAAGUCGGAAGUGGGCUUUUUAGGAAAGCUGCUGGAGUACCUGGAUAAAAGCUCCAGCUCAGAUCCAGAGUCUGUUGAUAAGGGACCGGGCAUAUCUGUAGAGAAGGUUCGUAGCAGAACAACACACCGGGAGGUGGGGAUGCAGAAAAAGGCCAUCGAGAGAGUGGAGGAGGUAGAGGGCUGGGUGCAGGCAGCAGCUAUAGCGCCCUCCUCUGGCCUGAAGGAAAACCCUGCACCACACCGCAAGAACAUGAAAGUGGAGGAUCUUCAGUUGGAUGUUCAGAGCAACGCUAAAAAUGACAUCUACGGAUACAUUAUUACUGACACAGAGAAUCUUCCCACAGAUAAGGGAUUGUAUCUGAUGGAAUUGGUGGCUCGUAAAGCGAAGAUUCAAAUGACGGAUUUCUCAGAGCUCUCCGUUGUUAGUCCAGCUGUGACGUUUCAGGUCCGUCCGAACGCUCAGAACAUCACUACAACAGAUGUGGCUAAUGUAGCAGUCCAUCAAAAGGAUGAACUGGAAAAAGAAGCGAAAGUCAAGAUCGUGGAGGCUGGAGUCACUGAUAGGAGUAAACUGAAUCAGAUUCCCACCAAGUACAGCCGUUCUGAGUCUCUGAAGUUUCUGAUUCUGACUGUGAUUUCCAUCAUCUGCAUCACUGGAGUGUUGCUGGCGUCCAGCGUGGUUUACUGUCUGCGUCACCGCUCUCAUCACAAACUCAAAGAGAAGCUCACCAACCUCGGCUCAGACCCCGCCACUGAUUCCACUGCUACCUACCAGGAACUGUGCAGGCAGCGAAUGGCAGUGAAGCCUCCUGUAGAGAAGUCAGAUCCUAUUCACUCUUCUCGUAUAAAUAGCGUGUCAUCUCAGUUGAGUGAGGGCCCGAUGCCGAGUCCCUCUGCUCGCACUAGCACCCCCUCCUGGAGCGAAGAGCCCGUCCACUCCAACAUGGACAUCUCUACUGGUCACAUGAUACUGGCAUAUAUGGAAGACCACCUGAAAAACAAGAAUCGUUUGGAGUCCGAGUGGGAGGCUCUCUGUGCGUACCAGGCCGAGCCCAACGCCACCACCAUCGGAACCAGAGACGGCAACGUCAAGAAAAACCGCACAAGCACAGUCAUAGCCUAUGAUCAUUGCAGAAUAACUCUGAAGUUGGAGAACAAUCAAGGCAACUCGGACUACAUCAAUGCCAGCCCAAUCAUGGAUCACGACCCCCGUAACCCUGCGUACAUCGCCACUCAGGGCCCGCUGCCCUCCACCGUGGCUGACUUCUGGCAGAUGGUCUGGGAGAGCGGGUGUGUGGUGAUUGUCAUGUUGAGUCCUCUCACUGAGAAUGGUGUAAAACAGUGUUACCACUACUGGCCCGAUGAAGGCUCCAACCUCUAUCACAUUUAUGAGGUGAAUCUGGUUUCUGAGCAUGUGUGGUGUGAGGACUUCCUGGUUCGGAGCUUUUACUUGAAGAACAUGCAGACUAAUGAGACUCGUACAGUCACACAGUUUCAUUAUCACACCUGGCUGAAUGACCGAAUGCCUGAAAUCAGCCAAACCCUGCUCGACUUCCGCAGGAAAGUAAACAAAUGCUACCGUGGAAGGUCCUGUCCUGUCAUUGUUCACUGCAGUGACGGAGCUGGACGGACUGGGACGUACAUUUUGAUUGACAUGGUGUUGAAUAAAAUGGCCAAAGGUGCAAAAGAGAUAGACAUUGCUGCUACACUGGAACACCUGAGAGACCAGAGACCCGGCAUGGUUCAGACCAAGGAUCAGUUUGAGUUUGCACUGACGACUGUAGCCGAGGAAGUGAACGCUAUUCUCAAAGUCCUGCCACAGUGAUACUUGCUUUCUGUUUCUCUCUCUUGGUUGUAUAUAAACUCUGAUCCCAUGUCUGAGAAGAUCUAUGUUCUAAAGAAACUAUUUUGUCUGUAAAAUGAUUGGACUAUAUUCAGUAGUAAUUAGGAAUUGUGUACUGUUUUAGUUCUGUGUGAAUAUGAAAGCACAUUAUAUUUUUCUUCAACAUUCUCUUCUUUAUUUCAGAUAUGAAUUACUCUCUCAUCAUUGCUGUUUGCAUAUCGCACAGACAUUUCAACUAAGGCCAGAUUGGUUUUAAAUGUAUAGUUAAUUGGACCUGAAUUUAUUGAAUUAAUCUGUAUGUGCUUUGUUAUUUAAGAUUUAGAACUGUGUUCUACAGGUUAUGUGUGACAACUAGUUUUUCUGAUUAUCAGAGACCCACACCAAGAACACGAGGAGACAAUUUCUGCCUUUCCAAGCCAAGGAAACGUUUAAAUCAUUCAUAAAUCAAAACAUUAAAUCGUGAUGUUCAACUUGACCUGAACUUUUAUUAUAAGACUAAAACUCUUAAGAAGCACUACCACUUUCAUUUGGUAUUGAAAUUUAAUCUGUGCACACAAAAAGUGUGGAUAGCAAGUAGAAAUGCAUGCAAGACUUGUGCAGUUGUGCUUUAUGAACUUACAGCAAACUUGUGCAUAGAAAAUGUAAACAAAUAAAGGCUGAGUUGUUAUUGUCUGA